AUGACAGUUACCCUUUGCACUAAUGGCGUAUCGGACAUCGAUUCGUACUUCUACCGGGGCAACUCCUUUUGCUCGGUAUACGGCAUGGAGGCGGUUUUGCUCGUGGAAGUGGAGAUUCCUUCCCCGAGAGUAUUAUCCCAAGUGGAAUUAUCUGAGACAGAAUGGUCGCAACAAAGACUUGAACAGUUGAACUUGAUCGACGAGAAAAGACUGAAGGCUCUCUGCCAUGGCCAAGCAUAUCAACAGAGAGUAGCUAGAUCUUUCAACCGGAAGAGUCGAUUGAAAAUGGCUCAACCGGUGAAUGCUAAUGCGCCAUCCACUGCUGCUCCUGCAGGCGAAAGCAUGCUAAGUAAUGACCAGAGCUUCCUCCUUACCAUCAUUUUUGGAACAUACUUCGGGCCUCAACUCAAAGGGGAAAGGCCGCCCCACAAGUCGGCGAUGCAGAGAGUAUGCGAGAGAUUGCCACAGUAUACUCCCGAUCAGCUGGCUGGGUCCCAGGUGAUGGUGGUCCAAAUGAUGCACGUCUAUUAUUACAUACUCAGAAAGGCCAGUAAAUCUCGUGUUGGCCCCGUCGUUAUUGCUAAACGGUUUAUGGUGAUAGACAACAUCGUCUUCAUCAUCAACCCAAGCACCUCUUACCUCAAGGAAGAGGUUGUUGCAAGGUUUAAGAACUUGACUGGGUUGCAAGAAUUUGUUCUUGAGAAAGACGCAGCCGAGCUACCCAUUUAUGUCACUGACAAGUCACUCUAUGAAGUGAUGGUACAAGAGGCGCAUUCAGGGGGACAUGGUUCCACGCUCACCCUCCUCAACGUCGGCAUGGUUCUCUGGGUAUGCGACACCUCCUUGAAGGCUCAACUUGAUCCUAAGGUGGUGUUUUCUUCACUCAGUACCACAGAAAUAAAAUAUGGCGGUGCUGCAGCUGCCAGUAGUGCUAAAGUCGGAGUGGUUGGGAACCUGGACGUGGGGCUUAGAGGAUCCAUCAAUGGGCGUGUGAACCUUGCGGAGUCCAGAGACUAUUACCUGUUCCAGGUGUCACUUCAAGGGGUCAGAAGAGACCAAACAUUUAGUUGGAAACUUGACAUGAGUGGCAAGGUCUUAAUUGAAGGAGAGACUGCCACCGGCGGGAAGGAGGUUGAGAGUAGAACAGGAAACCUUUGUCCAUCCGGACGCUUCUCUCUCUGUUUUCAGCUGCCCGGUCGUGUUGAUCCCAGACUGUCCCACUGCAACUUCGGCUCAGAUGGGAUGUUCGAAGGAGUUGUGAAGAAGCUGAUCAACGACCGAUGA